AUGGCCAACACGCUCCGCCAGCACACGCGCGACCGCAACUCCCCGGCCAGCCCACAACAGCAGCGACAACAACACCAGCAACCGUCGUCGUCGUUGUCGUCGUCAUCGCAACAGCGGCCAGCUGCAUACAACCCGGCACGGUCUGCGUUUCAAGUGCAGGAUUGGCAGGCGAGUGUUCCCCAGCUGCCGUCACCGCCGUCAACAUCGUCAGGAUCGUCAUCAUCAUCUUCAGCGACGGCACGGCCCGUACAUGACCCAACAACAGCUGCCCGCCGCUCAGCCACCCCAAUCUUCGUCAAGUCGCAUCCGGGCAAAUCGACGGGGAACGUUGCCCUCGACAUUAUCAAGAGCAUGGAGGCGCCGCCGACGGAGCACACGGACUGA